AAUAUGCAAUAAAGCAUAAAGAUGUUAAUAAAUUACUUUUGUAAAUAUUUUCGUGAAAUCUUCAUAGAUUCCCAAUCAUUUUUUGCUUGUCAAUCUCUUUCUAAAAUUAGAAUCAUUCACCAGUCUCCUGUUGAUACAAAAUAAUAAUAAGUUACAGAUAAGAUAAAGUAAAGAAUCAAAUAGAAAUUACUAUUUUUAUUAAACAUAAAUCAAAAGCCAAAAACUAAGUGUUUUAUUCUACUAAAUUUGAAAUAUACGUUAAUAGUUAUCACUAAACGAUCCCUGGUAAUUAACAAUACCCAGACAAAUCUACUAACCUCUCGGGAUCUCUAGUGACUAGCUAAGUAACUCUUGCUAUUCAUCGUUUAAAUAAUUGAUUAAAUUACCGAUAAUAAAUACAGUAUUUAAGAAUAUCAUGUUGCAAUUAUCAGGGCAUAUAAUGUUUUCUGAACAGAGGAUCUUAAGUCCCGCUCAUGUUUACCAUAACAUGCUGUCGGUGCCUCUUACCAUAUCUCGCAUAAAGUUUCUUUUACAAUUAGCCAUGAUAUCUUAUAUAUUAGAUAAUUAGUAUUAUAGAACUUAUCGCUUCCACCUGAGAGUCAACAAUAUUUUUUAGCGCUUGAGCUUUAUAUUGAGUGUCAACAAUAUGUUUCUUAUACAGUGUGUCUUAUAAAAAGUGAUCCAGGUUUUAGCUAAGAAAGAAUUGUCAGAUUUAUGUAAACAAUGCUUGCUUUCAUACAUUAUUGUACAUAAGGCUAUUUAUUGAUGCAACAGUGAUUUUCUCUUAGUGAGUCAAGGGGUAAAAUUAUUUCCACUUUGCAAUUGGAAGCUGCAGUUUCAAUUGCAAAGUUGUAAAUCAGGUAGAAAUUAAUAUAUUUCAUAAUUUAUUAAUAAAUGUAUUAAUUUCUGUCUGAUUUAUAACAAUCAAAAGGAUAAAGAAGAUGUGCCUCUUCCGAAAAUUUACUGUUGUGUAAAUUCGGCUUUCCUAUAGUUCUGAGUAAGUGUUUGCUUCUCAAGAUCUAAGCAAUUUGUCACUGAUGAGUAUAUUUUUGUCUCAUUAAAGAUCUCACACGACAAAAAGAAGGCUGUAGUUUGAAAUUUACCAUUUUAUUCACACAGAAAGAGAAUAAAACAAGCGAAAAACAAAAGCAUACAACUAAAAAAAAUCUCUGUAUCACGUUAUACAUUAAAAUAAGCAAACACUUCCAUUUAACAGAACCUCGAAGAAAUCACUCAAACAUGUGUACAUUAAGAAAAAUAAAACGUGUAUAUUUGCCCAAUUGUUCUGUCAUAAACAUGGGAAAUUACGUCUGGAUAUGGUGUUUAAUAGGCCUUCAGAAUUCGCCUUUUAAGAUCUGCAAUAUUUAAUUUACUUUGGGCUGCUCAAUAGGUAACACACACUGCACUCUAGGAACACGACAUCAAAUUCGUUUUUCCCUAAACGUGUGGUGUGGAAUUUGAAACGUUCGAGUCAUUUGGUCUUGUUCUUUUUCUAGAGAAUAUAUGGCAAAGAAGUAUUUGCAUUUCUUGCAAUCUGUAACUUAUCGAUGGUUAAUGCCAUUAUAUUUGUAGUUUAUCUAGGUAAACAUAGUCAUUGUGGUCACUACGCUGCAAUACGUAGUUCAUUCUGAGAAGUAUGGCUGGCAUUAUUGUGAUGACCAUGAAGUUACACGUAAAGGAUACUUUUCAAAUAAGUUAAUGAAUGUUUCACUACUUUUGUUUCAAAAAAUUUAAGGCAAAUACUUGCUACUAUAAAACAAACUAUCAUACAUUUAUUAACUUGCAGGUGAAAAGUUUAUGGAAGCUUUAUCGGGUCAAUAAUUAUGAAUGUGAGAGCCAUGUUUGGUGAAAAAAAUUUUUGUUUAAUUUAGUUUUUCGUUAAAGUUGUUUUGCUAAAAUCGUUAAAGAUAAUUAAACUAUUUUCCCACGGACUUAUUUCCUUGUUGAAGAUGAUACAUCAAAUGUGUCACCCGGAAUCAACGAGUGAAAAUGUGACUAUUGGUCCCGAGGUACUAAACCUCCUAACGAAGUCAUGGAAAAAAUCCAGGAGGAGCCCCCCGAAUAAAAAGGGAGGGGUGACAAGAAGCCGGAACAGUCAUCAACCCUUUUUCCUAAGUGUGUGUGUGUGAUGUGUGUUUGUCGAUUUCAGCCUUCGCCACUCGCUGCCCUCGCAAGAGAAAAAGAACUUUUCUUCCAGAGUCGCUGAGCCGUCAUCGAACCGACCAUCGAUUCGCCGAAUCUAGGAUUACCACUUCCUAGGACCAACAAGUGAUUAAGAUAAUGUCUGUCUGUAAUGUAUGUGGAGGUAAAGAGUUCGAUGUAUACGAUGGACUGUACUUUUGUGUUGAAUGUAAUACUCAGAGUCAAGUAAUAAGAGAACAAAAAGAAGAAGAUGAAACUCAAGAAAAUAUUUCUGCACGCUUAUGUAUUGCAACAUCACAAGAGAAAAAGCCUGAGAAAAGUAAAGAUCUGUAUGGUGAAAAAUGGAGUACACACCAGUGCUUCAAUAUUAUUAUAUGCAGACAAGUUGAAAAAUUAAUUGAACUUGGAGCAUCACCUCAAUUAAAGAAUGUUGUUUUCAAUUUAUGGGCAAAAUAUUUACAAAAGUGUGAAGUUGCAUUUCUCAAAAAUAAGGCUGGUAAGGAUUGGACACCAAGAUUAGGAACAUCACCUGCUAGCAGAGAUAUUUUUGUUUUGUAUAAAAAUAAAGUGAAAUUACCAAACCAGUAUGAUAAAAAAAAGAUACAUACAAAGAGUAAUAACAUCACUGAAGAAAAGAAAGGAGAAGUUGAAGAUCAAAAUAAUGAUGAAUUUAUUAAGGUUGAUACUUGGUUUAUUUAUUUUUAA